AUGGAGCGCUCUAACGUGAAAGCCCCGCCCCCUGAGAAGAAUAAAACUGCCGCCGAGGCUUUAAAAAAGAAAGACGCAGGGAAAAACGUUUUUGAAACCCUGCACAACUUGUUCCUAGAAGAAAAGGAGAGCAACAAACGGAAGCAUGAAGAUUUGUCUGAGCAUAUAGACAAAAUGAAGGCAUAUUUUGAUGAAAAAAUAAACUCCCUUAAGGAUAACACGCAUGAAAAUCUAGAGGAGUUAAAAUAUUACCUGGACCAGCUAAACAGAAACAAUAAAGAUAAGGCAACGGACAACAACACCUUCGUGGAUCAGUUGGAGAUUGUAAAAAAUGAUGUGAACAAAUUGAAGAAGGAGAAGGAGGAAAAUAUAAAUCUCAUCAAAACGAGCAUGCGGACUUACUUCGACAAGAUAAAGGGGAUGCUAAGCGUGAUGAACGCAAACAUAGAGAGCGUUAAGGAGGAGCUAGCGAAUUAUAAGGAAAACAAUCAAAUAGACAAUAAGAAAAAAAACAUCGAAAUUUUGCAGCUCAUAAACGAAGAAAACGAGGCACUCAACAAAAAGAUGGAGGAGUCGCUCAACUCGCUAAGCAGCGACAUGCGCGAAGCCAAAGAGCAGAUCAUCACCUUUAAGGAGCACAUGGAAAACCAAGUGAAGGGCAUAAAAAACGAGACAGAUACGAAUAAGAGAGAAAUGGACGAGAAGACUAACGAGCUGGCGCUCAAUCAGAAGAAGCUGCUGAACGAUUUUUAUCCUUCCGAAAUGAGCUAGCGAAGAGGGUAGCACACACAGGGGUGUACGCACAUGGCAUGUGUACAUGAGGAGAGGCAAACUGCCUGAAUACGCACGGCGAAUCACAGCACGUUGAUUUUCCUCGCGUGCUCGUAGAACAUCUGCUCUAGCUUGUCCACCGAAAAGGAGUAGUUCACAAUGUCAAAGGCAUUUUUCCUCAAUUUUAAAACGCGCAACUUAUUCGAUAAAUGCUUCUUCUUAUUUGUAAGUAAUUUAAAUUUUUUUAUAUAAUAAUAAAGUAUUGUCAAAUCUGCUGCGUUGUACACCUUCUGGUAUUUUUUUACAAAUUCACUUUUUUUCAGCGGCACAUUUUUGUUCAUAAAAUGGUAAUAAAUAUGUGUGGCAUUUUUUGUAUUCUGAUUAUAUUUCUUAUUUACAUCUUCCAGCAAUUUUAAAAUAUUUUUUAUUUCCAAAUCUACUGUGGCUACUUCCUCCUUUAUGCUCUUUUCACAAUCAUGGUCUUUGCUUUCUUCUUCCACGUAUGAGUCUUCCUCCUGCACAAUGUUUUUUUCUUCAAUUUGAAAUUUUAAAUUAUUUUCAAUUCCGUAGUUCACAACAUCAUAUGCAUAUUUUAAAAAAUUAUAUUUCUUAUGAUAAACCUUUUCUUCCCUCAGUCUUGUUUUUCUCCAGCAAUUUUUUUCAUACGUUUGGCACAGAAAGGUGGUUUUGUGGAUGUUCAGCCUUUUCCCCGUUCUGUAUAGCUCUUUGAAGGUCUGCAGGACGUUCCUGUUAACUUUUCUUAUUAGCGUCAUGGUUGGCUCAGUGCUGGGGGGGACCGAUCAGGUGAACACACAUAUGUGGAGUGGUCACCACGAGGGGGUAAAACUGCCUAAUUUGGCGAAGCGAGUAUGUGUAGAGGGCAUUCCAGAUAAGCUUUCCAAAAAUGGUUCGCAAAAUUGGGGGAAAAAAAAAAAAAAAACAUUUAAAUGUUUGCUAAAAUUUUAACAUUCCGGCAGGUGCCUGCCGAGCGGGGGCCAAUUUGAAAAGCGCGAAAAAAGGUACCCCCAAUUUUUGCUAAGAUUGAAAGCGAUUAUGCGCAGGGUUUUCUUUCCAUUUAUAGUGGAACUUUGCGGGUGGGACUUUGUCCCGAUGUUUGGGGGUCCACGAACAAGGGGUAUCCGCCUCUUUUUUGUAUUUACUUUUGCUAUUUCUUUUACGUUUCUUUUUUCCGU